UUGAUGCGCCAUUUGAUACAUUUACAAUUUCGUGUUGAAACAUUAAAAUGAGUAGCAUUGCAGUAUACCUGUGCCACUCUAACAACGUUUCCAUUCAGGCAAUAAAUCACAGCAGUCAUUUGCGUUUUACAACUGUAUGUAUAUUAUUAACAUGCAAGAGACGUAUACUUAUACAAGAGGCACACACUUGUGCAUGCAUCUAUUGUAAUACUGUUAAUAAAACUCGCAUCCUUUUUAUUAUAGUAACACUAUUUGCGAAGUUGCAUCUGCAUGCCAUUCGGGGAAUAAAACUGGUGGGUCAUAAUUAAGGUAGCAAACUUCCUGGAGCUGCUGCCUGCAACAAAUAGGGGGUGGGUGAAACAAAAGUAUAUAAUGUAAGAAGUCUCAGAGUCGUCAUUUUAAAGUUAUGUCCGCGAGUCAAGUCGAUUCUCUUGAGUUUUAAAUGUUGAGGAAAUCAAUCACCCAAUGUCUGGAGCCACUAGUACCGGUGGGGUGCACCUCAGUCUACCGCGGCGACGGGAUGGCAUACCAGGCCAGAAAGCGGCCUAGUGUCAUGUAUAGCUAGCUAACUUGCUGAAUGACUUUAGUCAACAAACGUCGUUGGCGUACAUGAUAUGGCAAUUGAAAAUGUAUGUAUUCAAAUUGUUCGCUAACUAGUUAGCCAAUCGUCGACUUUUUAGGUAACGUUAGUAAACUGCCUUAGCUAGUUAACUAGCUACAGUAGCUUGCUCAGUUAGCUACCAGCUGGCUGUGUAUGAUUGUACUGAGCUGGCUAUCUAGCCAGCUAACACAGUGUAUGAGCUCCAGUUUUUAAAGUUGAUUUAUUUCCGCGUUAGGUCCGCCAGUGUCUUGGCAAGUUAUGUCAUGCAAUAUAUAUAUUUUUUGCUGUUUCUUCGAGUGCGCGUGUUAUGCAUGUUUUAGCUAUUUAUUUAUUUGAUUUUAGAACAUAUUGGUGUUAAUGAGUAACGUUAGUUAGCUAGUUAGCAAUGUCUUCCGCCGAUAUGCUCGAAACUCCACCUGGAUAUCCCUUUGAAGAAAUAGAUUAUGUGGAUAUUGAAGUUGAGGAGGUUGUGGGGAGAGGCGCUUUUGGUGUUGUCUGCAAGGCCAAAUGGAAAGGCAAAGACGUCGCAAUCAAGACAAUCGAGAGUGAAUCUGAAAGGAAAGCAUUCAUAGUUGAGCUGCGGCAACUUUCACGUGUGAAUCACCCCAACAUUGUGAAGCUGUAUGGCUCAUGCAAUAAUCCAGUCUGCCUGGUGAUGGAAUAUGCUGAAGGGGGGUCCCUGUACAAUGUUCUGCAUGGUGCUGAACCUCUCCCAUGUUACACUGCCUCCCAUGCCAUGAGCUGGUGUUUUCAGUGUUCCCAAGGGGUCGCCUAUCUCCAUGGCAUGAAACCAAAGGCUCUCAUUCACAGGGACCUCAAACCACCCAACCUGCUCCUUGUUGCCGGUGGCACCAUGCUGAAGAUAUGUGACUUUGGGACUGCGUGCGACAUUCAGACCCACAUGACCAACAACAAGGGAAGUGCAGCUUGGAUGGCACCUGAGGUGUUUGAAGGCAACAAUUACAGUGAGAAGUGUGAUGUGUUCAGCUGGGGAAUCAUUCUCUGGGAGGUGAUCACGCGUCGGAAGCCCUUUGACGAGAUCGGUGGGCCGGCCUUCCGCAUCAUGUGGGCGGUGCACAACGGCACCCGGCCACCGCUCAUCAAGAGCCUUCCCAAGCCCAUCGAGAGCCUGAUGACCCGCUGCUGGUCCAAAGACCCCUCCCAGAGGCCCUCCAUGGAGGAGAUAGUCAAGAUCAUGACCCAUCUUAUGAGGUGCUUCCCAGGAUCUGAUGAACCUUUGCAAUACCCUUACCAGUAUUCAGAUGAAGGACAGAGUAACUCAGCCUCCAGCACAGGUUCCUAUGUGGAUUGCACUAGCAGCAAGAGUGACACAAACAUGGAGCAUGUGGACUCUCAGGGGAGCAACGACACAAUCAAGAUCAAACCUCAGUUUGCACAUCAGUUCAGGCCAAAGGGAGACCCAUUGCGGAGCCUGCCUCUGUCCAGAGGGGGCAGUGUUGAGAGCCUGUCGGGGCGAACCCACAGCCUGGUGGCCUCCGAGAGCAAAAGAAUGAGCGCAGACCUGUCAGAGCUGGAGCACAGGGUGCCUUUUGCUCCUGCAGCACGUCCCCAGUAUAAACGAGGCCACCGUAAAACGGCGUCAUUUGGCACCAUUCUGGACGUUCCCAAGAUCGUCUUCACAGCCUCCUGUGAGGCGCAGAGGCGUAGAUCUGUACAGGACCUCCCGGGGAUCGGCACAGAGUCCAGCCAGGGGAGUAGGAACAGCAGCAGGUCCUCCAGUCCCAGUGUGAGGAUGGUGCCGCCUGAUAAGACCAGCAGCCGAGGGUACAGCUUCUCUCCCGAUGACCCCACAGAUACCAACGGCUCAGACAACUCCAUUCCCAUGGCAUAUCUUACUCUGGACCACCAGCUGCAGCCCCUCGCUCCUUGCCCAAACUCCAAAGAGUCCAUGGCCGUGUUUGAGCAGCACUGUAAAAUGGCCCAGGACUACCUGAAAGUGCAGACAGAAAUUGCCUUACUGAUCCAGAGAAGGAAAGAGUUGAUCGCUGAACUGGACCGAGACGAGAAGGACCAGCAGAACACGUCCCGCCUGGUCCAGGAGCACAAGAAGCUACUGGAGGAGAACAAGUCUCUGUCCACCUACUACCAGAAGUGCAAAAAGCAGCUGGAACUGAUCCGUGCUCAGCAACAGAAGAGACAGGGCACCUCGUGAUGGGCCACAAGCUGGCCGCCACCUGGCUCGUGCUGCAGAGACACACAAACAAACUGUCCCCAUGUCAUAUCCCCUGUUCUCCUCCCCUGCCUCUGCUCUUUCCUGGGUCACCUGUAGUCUAGUCUGAAGCCCAGACCCUACCUGCAAAAUAAUUGACACUAUCUCUCUCCUCCUCCUCCUCCCUCUGCCCCAUGACAACUAUGAUCUCAACCUAGGUACCCACGCCUUCACCCUGUAGGUUCCAGUGAGUGGAUCUCGUUUUACCUUGUACUGUAAAGAGACCUGUGUUUUACUGUGUACCUGCAUGUUGCGUUAUUGACACACCCUGCUGAUAACAUGGAACGGAAUAUUAGAUGUGCACUCAAUCAAGCUGUUAUGGAAUAUCUCUUGCACAUCUUUACAGUACAUUCUUUGAUAGCAGGCCAAAACAAUCAGCAUGCAUCUGCUCUCUCUGCCCAUAAAGAGCUGGAGUCCUAAUUUGCCUGCUCUGGGUUUAGUGAACACACGGGACCGAGCGAUGGGCUUCUAGGCCUCGAUUGUCAGCCAUCCUUUUAGUCUGGAUGCGAUGCUUCUUGAGGUGUGUGAGCGUAGUACAGUAACUGCUGCUGCUUCUUCAAGUAUGUGAGUACAGUAACUGCUGAGCCUGAUUGGAGAGGGAGGCCAGUGAGGGGUGUGAAAUAUGUUUGUCUCUAUUGCUCUCAGGGCCACUCGGACCCUCCCCUGGGCUGCAUGGUCAGUGUGUGUCCACCCCUCCUCCCACAGUCCAGUCCUCCCAUUGGUUAGUUUUACCCUGACCUGUCCUCCUAACUGGCCAAUGGCCAUGUGUCCUUGAGAAUGUGAAAAACAAAGACGGUCUAGACAAAAAGUGUGAAUUAUGUGCAGAAGUUGGUGUUUUAAUGAAUUAUGACCAGAAUCUAUUUGACUAAUCUUUGAUCUCUAAGUGUUGUUUUGUUACCCUUUAAUGCAAAAAUAGCCACCUUUUUUUUGGUGAGCACAACCCCUUGCAAAAGAAAUCCACCACAACCUAUCUGAAUGUAUGUUCUAUUUAUUUUACCGGGGGAUGUAUUUUAGAUAUGCCUUGCACAUCCAUGAUGUCUUUGAUAAAAAAGGAAGGACUUGGCUUGUCACAAGUACCUGGAUAGAAACAUGGGUCGGGCCUCAAACAGAGAUUAAAUAUAGUCUUCUUUCAACAACCACAAAAAAAAAAAAACACAAGAAAAGACGACAGACUUAUUUUCUCAACCUGUUUAAUUGAAAUAAACUAUGUAUGAGGUUCAAAGGGCAACAUGUUUAUCAUGACUUUAAUUUUGUUUCCUUUUUGUUUUUUUUCCUGUCCAUUUUGGUGUUAGAGAUGAUACUUUUAUCUGGUAUGGGAAUGCAGAGAUGUACAAGAGGCCUAUCCCUCGCCUAUAAUAUGUUUUUAGUUCACAUGUUGCCUUAGAAUUUGAUUGCUAGAUUUUAAAGCAUUUGACUUGUUUUUCGUUCCUUUAUUGCGGGGUUCACUUGCGCCUCAUUUGAAUGUAAUGGACAGUCAGUCAGUGAGAAUGGUAUGACUUUUGUUUUGAGGGAGAAUUGUAUAUUAUGCCAAUGGUUUACCAGGAGGCUGAUUGUCUGGUCAAAUGAAUGAUGUCAAUAGGCUGCAAAAGAAAUCAUUAUCUGUCACUGCUUUUCCCCAUUUAAUAGAAUGAAUCCCAGUAGCUUUAAGUAUCCGUGCAAGAAGAAAGUUGAUUUAGAGAUCUAAACUUACAAUGAGAAUUGAUCUUACUUUGAAAUGCUGUCUUGCCGUUUCAUUUGACCAGACCUGCUGUUGCUGCUACAGUCCUUCAAAUGUUUUGCACAAUCCUCUGGUUUUUACUGAUUUACAUGUAACUAACCGUUUGGGUCUUGUACUUCAAAGUAUAUAUUAUGAUGGUUUACAAGGGAAGUGACAGGUGAAAUUGUGUAAGGGUUCAUUUGCUGCAGUUAUAUCCCUAGUUUUUCCCUUUUCUUAAAGUUAUAUUCACUAUCAUUUUAUUAACCAUUACUGUAUAUAAAAUGUUUAAGAACUAUUGGGAACAGGUACAGUGCCUUCGGAAAGUAUUCAGACCCCUUGACAUUUUCACAUUUUGUCUGUUUUGUCUUAUUCUAAAAUUCAUUAAAUAUCUACACACAAUACCCCCUAGUGGCAAAGCAAAACACAGGAUUUUAGACAUUUUUGCAAAUGUAUUAAAAAAUAAACAGAUCACAUUUUACAUGAGUAUUCAGACCCUUUACUCAGUACUGUGUUGAAGCAACUUUGGCAGCGAUUACAGCCUUGAGUCUUGGGUAUGACGCUAUAAGCUUGGCACACCUGUAUUUGGAGUUUCUCCAAUUCUUAUUUGUAGAUCUUCUCAAGCUCUGUCAGGUUGGAUGGGGAGCAUUGCUCCACAGCUAUUUUCAGUUCUCUCCAGAGAUAUUAGAUUGGGUUCAAGUCCGGGCUCUGGCUAGGCCACUCAAGGACAUUCAGAGACUUGUCCCGAAGUCACUCCUUUAUUGUCAUGGAUGUGUGCUUAGGGUUCUUGUCCUGUUAGACUGGGGAGAAGGUUCACCUUCCGAGGUCUUGAGCGCUCUGUAGCAGGUUUUAAUCCAGGAUCGCUCAGUACUUUGCUCCUUUCAUCUUUGCCUUGGUUCCUGACUAGUCUCCCAGUACCUGCCGCUGAAAAACAUCCCCACAGCAUGAUGCUGCCACCACCAUGCUUCACCGUAGCGAUGGUGUCAGGUUUCCUCUAGAAGUGACACUUGGCAUUCAGGCCAAAGAGUUCAAUCUUGGUUUCAUCAAACCAGAGAAUCUUCUUUCUCAUGGUCUGAGAGUCUUUAGGUGCCUUUUGGCAAACUCCAAGCGGUCUGUCAUGUGCCUUUUACUGAGGAGUGUCAUCCGUCUAGCCACUCCAUAAAGUCUUGAUUGGUAAAGUGCUGAAGAGGUGGGAGAACUUUCCAGAAGGACAACCAUCUCCACAGAGGAACUCUGGAGCUCGUGUCAGUCUAACCAUUGGGUUCUUGGUCACCUCCCUGACCAAGGCCCUUCGUCCCCUGAUUGCUCAGUUUGGCCGGUCGACCAGCUCUAGGCAGAAUCUUGUUGGCUCCAAACGUCUUCCAUUUAAGAAUGAUGGUGGCCACUGUUCUUGGACCUUCAAUGCUGCAGAAUUAUUAUCCACAAAAUGUGGAAAAGGUCUAGGGGUAUGAAUACUUUCUGAAGGUACUGUAUGUGCCUGGGAGGGAGGCAUCAUGAAAUAAACUUUAACAUUGAGAAAUUUUAUUUUUUAACAUGUUUUAUAUAUUUUUUUGUGUGAGAAUUUAUGGUCUACACGCCCACCCAAAUAAUUCAUAAAACGUAUUGAUCCACAUGGCUCAAUAUUACAAAAAAUGCCAAAACGUUAUCCUGUUAUGAUUUAGAUGAGCUAAAUUGGUCUUGCAGAUUGUGUUUUCAUCUUAUAUCUCGAAGCUUCCCAUAACACCCUUCAGUGAAGGUUGUGGGGUGCUGGGUAAGGUGUUUGUUCACACCUGAACUGGCAACACAAACAAAUGAGUCUGCUAAAGGGCUGACUACUGAUGACGCAUCACAUCGGUCAAGGACCUUACUGUGUGUAAGUUCAAUCAUUACUAGGUGGGGUUUUCGUCCCGCUCAUCGUUUUUUGUGGUUCUUUGUCUUAUAUAAUGGGGAUUUCUGGGUGUUUUUGUGUUCUGCCAGGAGGUGGCGUACAAGAUCUAGACAUGUUCUCUGUCCAGGAACUGAGGCUCUUUUUCACGGACAAAGAAACUGAACGUUUGCCACUGUAUGGUGUAACAGUUGAGGGGAUCAAACCUUAAUACUCUUAAUACUUUGUGUACGGUAAUGAUUCAAGACUUGUAACCUAAUUUAUUGAUUGUAUGAAAUGAUGAUCUUGUUUUAUAUGGCAACAACACGAUUAGUUACACAAGUCCCUAACAAAGCUGGUCAGAUUUGCCUUUUGAAGUCUUAGCAAAAACCGAUGAUCUGAUUCCUCUUUCAAGGGCAAAAGGUAUGUAACACAAUGUUGUUAUAUUUUUUUGUUAAAAUGAUCUCCCUUCUGCUUACGAAGGCUGUGUUUUCACCCUCACAAUAGAGUUAAUCUUGUGUGUUUUGAAGUUGACCGCUAAAGAGAAGACAAUUAAUAAUUUUGAGGAGAAAUGAUGUCAUCUCCCUUCUGCGGCCAGGUAUUGUGUUGCUUGCUUUGGCUGGCCUCCAUGCCCUUGUUGAACUGUUGAGUGUGGUGGAAAUAAAGAACUGAGCGUUUUGUUAGCAGCCCUAUCCUGUGCUGCGCUGCUUUGUUCUCACAGUGACAUUCUCA